AAUGCUGAUUCUGAUCCACCACAAUUAUGGACAAUAAAUAUUCUGAGUUUAUGUUUUCUGACCUAUUUAGCCAACACUGUGCUACAGUAGAUGUCGUCUACUUUUUGUUCAAGUGAAGGCGUGACCUUCUAUUUGUCACAUUCACUCCUGAUACUUAGUGUGGUUUCCUGAAAGCAACUUCUGCAAACAGAUAUUUAGCCAUAGAUUAAAUUCAGAGCAGUCAGAAAAGUAUUGUGUCUGAAGAAAGUCUGGACAUUCACACAAUGACUUCACUCCUGCUGCUAUUUGUUCUAAUGUAUUCAUUUUCUGGUAUAAAAACACAAGGUGGGUGUAAGUUUAAUGAUGGUUUUGUUAUUAACCAUGUGAUCCAACAUAAUUUCAUUUCUUUCAGGUCUGGUUCCACCUGAGCUGACAGUGACUCCACUGGUGAUCACAGAGUCACACUCAGUCACUGUGAACUGUCAGACUCCAUCAUCUGUUCCUGUCUAUCAGUGUUUGCUCUACUCAGUGAGGGAUCGAACCUCCAGAGUCGUCUCUUGUCAUCAGACACUGACAGGAACUGAGCUGAUGAAAAUGACUCAUCAAAGUUCACCAGCUGAGAUUGAAGUUACAUGUUAUUACAGUGUAGAGCAAAAAGGAUCUCUAUCUAUAUCUCCACUUAGUAACUCUAUCAUCAUACAGACUAAUGCAGAAACACAGAGUGUUCCAGCAGCUACUGUCACUACAGGUGAAACCUCUGAUCUGUCAAGUAGCACUGUUGUUUCUAGUUCUGCUUCCUCAACAGCAUCAGCUAAUGCAGAAACACAGAGUGUUCCAGCAGCUACUGUCACCACAGGUGAAACUUCUGAUUUGUCAAGUAGCGCUGCUGUUCAUACUUCCACAACAGCGUCAGCAGGAGAGAUUUUUCCAGGUGAGAAAUGUCUUGAAAAAUUCAAACUGUAAAUAAAAGCUG